UAUUUUGCUGGUCUGCUGCUGAUUUGGAGGGGUUUCUUUGAUUUCCCUCGUAACCUCAACUUUUGCUUUAUUUCUUGUCAAGUUAGCGGAUUUUCGAGCAAAGAUGCGAGGGCUUAUCAUCCUUGCCAUUGUUCUUGUUGCGACCAUCGCCCCUGCAACUUGCCAACGACCAUGGUGGAGAGGGCAGCCCAUCAAGCGACUUGGCCAGGGACAGCAACAACAGUUCCGGCCAAACGGCCAACGUCAGCAACAAUACCGUCCCAACAAUCAGUGGAUGCAGCAACAAGACCCUGAGGCUGCUCAAGAGAUGCAAGAGCGAAUGGCAGAGCAGGCGGAACAGGAGGCCGAAGCCGCAGAGGAAUUGCGAGAACAAGAAGAAGAGCGUGCACAGAAAUUACAGGAACAGCAGGCAGAAGCCGCUGAAAGGGAAGCUGAAUAUGCACAGCAGAUGCGAGAGCAGCAAGCGAAAUAUGGACAGCAAAAUGCCUUCGCCGCACAGGGAAUGCAUCAGCAAGAUACAGAAGCAGCACAGGAAUUAGCGGAAGAAGAGGCAGAAGCUGCGGAAGAACUGCGGGAACAACAGGCCGAAGCUGAUGCUGAAGCCGCACAGAAUAUGUAUCAAGGUGAAGCAGGACAGGAGAUGGAACAAGAACAAGAUGCUGAAGCAGCACAGGAACUGGCCGAACAAGAGGAAGAAGCCGCUCAGGAAUUAGCAGAACAAGAGGCCGAGGAUGCAGAAGAAGCUGCCGAACUAGAAGCGGAAGCAGCAGAAGCUGAGGCUGAAGCAAUGGAGGACCUUCAAGAAGCAGAGGCUGAAGCAGCAGAAGCAGAAGCUGAGGCAAUGGGUGAGCAGGGUGAAGCAGCAGAGGGAGCGGGAGAAGGACAAGGUGGAAGCUUAGGGACAUCAUUCUCAUUCGGAGGUAGCAAUUAUGGCCCGUCCAUGGGAAGCGGGUCAGCUGGUCCAUCAUUUUACGAUCCCACAGGAGGAUUUGGUGGCUCUGGGGGGUCUGUUAGCUUUUCAUACGGAGGGUAUCAAGGUGCAUCUGGGGGACAAAACGGGGGACAGGGUGGAGCGACGGGAGCUACAGGCGGAGCAGGAGGUGGGGUUGGAACGGGCCCAGGAGAUAUACCAGGAGGUGGAAACAUUGGUUCUAAUGGAGCAGCAACUGGAGGAGUGGCGACUGGUGCAGGAAAUUCACCGACAAGUGGGGUAAACACUGGAGGAGCAAACGGUGCCACUGGAGGAGCAAACGGUGCCGCUGGAGGAGCAAACGGUGCCGCUCCAGAUGGAGCAGCAAAUUGGCCAUCAAGUGGAGGUAGCAACGGCGUAGGAAGUGGAGGAACCACCUCAAAUGGAACAACUUCGAACGGAGCAACCAAUCCAGCAAAAGGGGGAGCUACCAAUGGGACGGCAAAUGGAGCUACUGGAGCGACGGGAUCAACUGGAAUGAAUGGUAAUGGAGGGGCAGGUACUCAAGCUACAGCUGGAAACUCACAGGGGCCAAACAGUGGAAAUUCGAUCCCUUCCGUUGCUGACGGAGUAGGACAAAGCAUCGGAAGUUCAUUUACAGAAACAACCAAUGUCGGUGCCCGUAAUGAGCCAAAUAUAGCAUUUGCACCGGCUCCUAUUGCACAAGCACCAGACCCUCAACUUACUCCGGCCGAAACAGCUGCAUUGGACAAUACGUACAUGGACAAACAUCUUUGUGGUGGAUUCCUUGGCGCCAAUGGAAUUUCAGGACAGAAAAGUCUCGCUGUGCUUGCACUUGACUAUGCAGGAAUGAAACAAGCACUCAAUCCUUGUAAUGUGCCGAAGAAUGGACGAACAACCGGGCGCACUCCGGUCAAUAUCGCUUUCCGCUCUGGUAUGGAGACCCACGGUCAGGAUCCUGCAUCUGCUGUCCUUCGUGAUCUUCCAGGUAUGAUCCAACGAUAUGGACAAACUCCGCGUAAGGUCCACCUCUUCUCUUGGCACAUGCCAUCCGAACAUGCUCUUCGCAGCCUCCUCACAAAGAAACGACGAGGGGGUCUUACAAACGUAGAAGUGGCUCUAGGAUACGUUAAGGAAAGCAAAAUGGCUCUCUUCAGCGCCCUUCUCGGUGACACCACAUUCACAAAUCUAUUGGGUCAACUCCAACAAGCCGGUAUUAGCGUAAACCGCGUCUGUGACACUUGCAGCCAGAUUGCCAACAUGACCAACUGGGAACGCAAGCGCCAAGGACUUGUCAAUGGGGUCGAUGUAUUCGACCAGCAGGCCGGACAGUGUGGACCCGUAGCUGAGGUUCCUGCAGCUGAUCAACUUGCCCUCGGCACUCCCCAAUGCAAGAGCUUCCAGGAAUCCAUGGGAUCUUGCGUAUUUGAUCAGCUAACUGCUGCCUGUCCUUGGCUUCGACAUUCGCAAGGUGCCAGCGAGCAACCAUUGACAUCCAUCAUGGAGAGGUGGUCCACGGAAUGCGGAAAGAACCUCUCCUGCUGGCAAGAAAAGGGUGGUUACUUGAGUUUCCUGGCACGCUCUGCAGCCAGUUGCCGCAUUUCCCAAUACGGCGCUUCUUCGGCUAUAGGUCAAUGUGUGGGGGCAGCACAGAAUGCACCUCUUGACCCAGCGCCACCUACACCUUCUAUGUAGAAAGGUCGAUAUACCUGUUGAUAGAGGAUUUGAUACACUGAUAUAUUCCUGGUUAUGAUAUGAUGAGGAAUGGAGUUAUGUACAUAUACAACUUUUGUUCUUGUUCAUAAUCAGUAGGAUUACUGGAAUGCUUUUCUUUAAUCCCUUCCGUCUCUCUGUAUCAGGAUAAAUGACCUUUAAGGUUCUUUAUGAUAAAUUAGACAGAAGAUUCCACAAUGUAUUUACCAUUUCUUCUGUAUAUGCGAUCUUUACUGUCUUUGUUGAAAAGGUAGCGUUGAUCUUCUUUUGCAAAAUUCUCAGUAUUGAAAGUGGUACACCUUCCUCUUGUAAAGUUUAGAAGUCGAAAAUCAAACCACUUGCUAUAUCCUAAUGAUACAAUCCGCUAAAAUACCGAAAUUAUGCCUUCCAGUGUAAUUAUCAUUGCCCUAUUCACCAGAAAAUAUAUAUCGAAUUCAUUGACUUACUCCGACAACUAAAUGUUCUCAAUUUUUAUACAUAUAUAAUACUGCAUGCCUUGUAUCGGUUCCGACUUUCGUACUCUGAAUAUUGGGUCCACAAACCGACCAGCUUCUUGAACUCGUCUUGAAACAAAUUACUUUAUCAAACCUUUAUCUAGCAUGUCUAAAAGUCAAAAGAUCCAGCCAAAUGGUCUAGUUUACUGUCGAUGGUAGGUGUGAGAAUUUGCCGGAAAAUUCAUAGGAACAUAUAUAUUCUGUGAAUUGUCUUACAUACAUUUUUUUUAUUUCAGUGACUCUCGAUUUAGAGAGGAAGAGGCAGAGGAGUUCCGA